CUCUUAUUCCUUCUUUUCUUUCUCUACCAGUUGAACAAACUCUAACUUAUAACUCAUUCUCAACCAUCCUAAGAGACCAAAAAAAAAGAAAAUCUGAAAGGGGAAAAAAAAUGUCUCUCGCAAUUCCAACCACCUUCUGCAAACCACUAUCAUCAGCAUCAAAACCCAGAUCUCAGUUCACCUUAAAACAACGUUCACUGGUUGUAUGUUGUUCAUCCAAGGAAGAUGAAUCAUCAUCUUCCUCAUCAGCAGCAUCUCUAAAGUCAUUCUCAGCUGCACUUGCACUGUCUUCAAUUCUACUGUCAACAGCAGCAGUACUACCAGCAUCAGCAGAUAUCUCAGGACUAACACCAUGCAAAGACUCGAAGCAGUUUGCAAAGAGAGAGAAACAGUCACUGAAGAAACUGGAGUCAUCAUUGAAAAUCUACGCUCCAGAUUCAGCUCCAGCUUUGGCUAUUAAAGCAACCAUGGAGAAAACAAAGAAAAGAUUUGAUAAUUACGGAAAGUACGGUUUACUUUGUGGAGCUGAUGGUUUACCUCAUUUGAUUGUCAGUGGUGAUCAACGUCACUGGGGUGAAUUCAUUACUCCUGGUAUUUUGUUCUUGUACAUUGCUGGUUGGAUAGGAUGGGUUGGUAGAAGCUACUUGAUUGCAGUUAGAGGUGAAAAGAAACCAACAAUGAAAGAGAUUAUCAUUGAUGUGCCUCUAGCAUCUGGACUUCUAUUUAAAGGUUUCAGCUGGCCUAUUGCUGCUUACAGAGAAUACUUGAAUGGUGAUCUUGUUGUUGAUGAUAAAGAUGUUACUACUGUGUAAUAUAAUGAACUUUUAUAUUUCCUUUUAAACCAUCGUUUUUUUUCCCAGUAAGUAAAUAUCUAAUUUCAUUUUUGUAUUGUUUUCUCUUUUGUUAUUUGCAUCAUGAACUAAACAUAUAUUGCAGCAAAU